AUGACGGCCGUGAACAGAUUCGAGGACGCUACGGCUGUCACCCCACUGUCCUCGCACACCUACACCGCAACCCUACGAUUGGAAUGGUGUAUCGGAACAGUCCCCCAUGGCGGCUACGUAACCUCCAUCUUCCACAAUGUCGCAGUCACCCAUCUCAAACACACCCACCCAACCCUGCACUCCGGUGCUCCCCACCCCAUAACAAUCCACCUUACCUUCCUGCGCCGCACCGAAGCUGGCCCCGCCACCUUCACCGUGCAAGAUACAAAACUCGGCUCCCGCACCUCAAUCCUACAUAUAACCCUCAGCCAACUGGAUCCCGACGGCGCCGUCCGCGAUGAGGCUGCCGGUUACAUCACCGUCUCCAAUUUCGACCAGGAGGAGGGCCCCACGAUGAAUACCGGGUAUGAACUGUCUGCCGUGCCGGUGCGGGGGCCAGGGGACCUUGCUGUUGUUGGUGGUGUCAGAGGCGGAGCGCCGACGGUUGACCUGGCGAGGUUGGCCCGGGACGGCCGCGAUGGUGACUGGGAGCGCUUCCAUGUUGCCUUUGCGACCAUGCGCAAGGCGUCGCAGCAUGCCGAGUUUUACACGCCCCGGCGCUCGGGAAUGGGGGAGACAUAUGCCGGCGUCGUGGAGCAGUGGGCCCGAUUUAAGCCGUAUGGCCUAAUCGAGCGCUGGACCGAUGCGUCGCUGGGUUAUCUGGCGGAUAUGUUCCCGAUGAUGCUGGCGACGUUUGAUCGGAAGCAGUGGGCUGAUGGGGUGACGGCUCCUGGGUCUGCGGCCGCGGCGGAAAGCAGCAGCGACAAGGUGGCCAGGUACUGGUACCCCACUGUCCUGCUGAAUAUCGAGUUUAAGAAGAAGUUGCCGGCGGAGGGGGUGGAGUGGUUGUAUUCACGUGUGCAGACGAAGGUGCUAAGAGAUGGGAGGAUGGAUUUGGAUCUUGUCGUGCUGGAUGAGCAGGGUGAGGUUGUCGCGUUGAGUAACCAUGUCGCACUGAUUGUGGAUGCGCGGAGGAAUUUUGACCAGAGGAAGGGAAAUGGGAAUGGAAAUGGGGCCACGAAGAUAUAA